UAAAGAAGCUUAAAUAAAACGUUUAUUAAUUUUCCAAUUUCAGAUUCAAGUUUGACAAUUGAAACCCCCGACUGUCCCUGAACGCAGCGACAGACUGUGGUUAGCCCCUAAUGCUAACCUGUCUUCACGCCAGAGUCGGAAUAAAAGUUUUAGGCUUUUGAAACGGGACUUUUGAGAACUUAUUUAACACGCAGGUGGUCCGUUCACAAGCUCUCAUUUAGGGAGUCAACUGGAUACAACGACAGCGGUCUGCUUCGUACACGUUUUUUUCAGAGCGAAGAAACCCACAACCCAUGCCGUUCACCCCUAAAGCCGCCAAAGUCGAUACAUUUACGUGCUUAUUGAGCUGCUCAGUGACAUGACUUCCCUCCCACAACUUUGAGCCUCCAGUCAACAUGGCUGGUGUUUUCGCUGCUAAGAUGGGAUUCAACUCCCUUCUGAGGAAACAACCCAAGAACUUCACCGUGAGAAUCUGCACCAUGGAGUCCGACAUGGAGUUCACCUGUGAGGUGAGGUGGAAAGGAAAAGACCUGUUGGACCUGGUCUGCCGGACUCUGGGUCUCAGAGAGACCUGGUUCUUCGGACUCCAGUACCCAAUCAAGGACACGGUGGCCUGGCUGAAGAUGGAGAAGAAGGUGCUGGAUCAGGAGAUUCCCAGAGAAGAACCCAUUACCUUCCAGUUCCUGUCCAAGUUCUACCCCGAAAAUGUGGAGGAGGAGUUGGUGCAGGACAUCACGCAGCACCUCUUCUUCCUGCAGGUGAAAAGAAAGAUCCUGGAAGAACAGAUCCACUGCCCUCCUGAAGCUUCUGUUCUGCUGGCCUCAUACGCCGUGCACGCCAAGUACGGCGACUACGACCCCGCUGUCCACAAACCGGGGUUCCUGUCCAAGGAGGAGCUGUUGCCGAAGAGGGUCAUCAACUUGUACCAGAUGACUGCAGAAAUGUGGGAAGACCGGAUCACGGCAUGCUACUCGGAGCACAGAGGCCGCACGAGAGAAGAAGCUGAGAUGGAGUACCUGAAAAUAGCUCAGGACUUGGACAUGUACGGAGUCAACUACUUCCCCAUCAGGAAUAAGAAGGGAACAGAUCUUCUUCUGGGAGUGGAUGCUCUGGGCCUGCACAUCUAUGAGCCCGAGAACAAGCUGACGCCCAAGUGCUCCUUCCCCUGGAACGAAAUCCGGAACAUCUCGUACAGCGAUAAAGAGUUCACUAUCAAACCUCUGGACAAGAAAACCAACGUGUUCAAGUUCAACUCAUCACGACUGCGAGUCAACAAGCUGAUCCUCCAGCUGUGCAUCGGCAACCACGACUUGUUCAUGCGAAGGCGGCGCGUGGACCCCCUAGAGGUUCAGCAGAUGAAGACGCAGGCCCGGGAGGAGAGAGCCAGGAAACGGGUGGAGAGGCAGCUGCUGCAACAGGAGAAGAGGAUGCGUGAGGAGGCAGAGAGGGCCAGAGACGAGCUGGAGAGGAGGCUGCUGCUGCUCCAGGACGAAGCUCACAUGGCUAAUGAGGCUCUGCUGCGAUCAGAGCAGACGGCCGACCUGCUGGCCGAGAAGGCUCAGAUCGCCGAGGAGGAGGCCAAACUGUUGGCCCAGAAGGCGGCCGAGGCAGAGACGGAGAUGCAGCGGAUCAAAGUGGGCGCCCUCCGCGGGCAGGAGGAGCGGCGGCUGAUGGAGCAGAAGAUGCUAGAGGCCGAGAUGUUGGCGCUUAAGAUGGCUGAGGAGUCGGACAGGAGAGCCAAAGAAGCUGAGCAGCUGAAACUGGACCUGCUGGACGCUCGAGAGUCAGAGCAGCGCGCAAAACACAAGCUGCUGGAGGUGACAAGUAGAGUGUACACGAACGACGGCGCCCCAGCAGACUUGAGCUUCAGCAGAGAGAAUCUCAGCUUCGAUUUCAAGGACACGGACAUGAAGCGACUCUCCAUGGAGAUCGAGAAGGAGAAGGUGGAGUACAUGGAGAAGAGCAAGCACCUGCAGGAGCAGCUGAACGAGCUGAAGACGGAGAUCGAGAGCCUGAAGCUGAAGGAGCGCGAAACGCCUCUGGACCUGAUCCACAACCAGAACACGGAGCAGGGGACCAGCAAACACAGCAACUUCAAGAAGCUCACCCUCCAGAGCACCAAGACCAGGGUGGCCUUCUUUGAAGAGCUCUGACUCGCCGACGUGACUCAGGGAAGCUUCUUCAGGUCACGAGACUCCAGGUAAAGGGAAGUGAGGGUGGUGUGAGUUCACAACCUGCUCCAGAACCGAGCCUCGUCUGAAGACCGAGUCACUCGUACUCUUCUUACUACAGUCCCAGGUCAGGACCACUCUGCGCUGCCUUGUGUGUCGUGUCAAUGAGCCUGUGAACAAACAACCCGUUUUCUGUAUGAAACUCAAAUGUGAUGAGGUGAUGAAGCUCUUCAGACGUUCAUGCUACUGAAGCAUGAACCCUCAUGAAGCACAUCAUGUUUACAGGGUAGCUAGGACAGCUGCGGUCACCGAGUGUCGCCGACUCAGGCUGAGACUGUCGGGUCUUCAGUUGUUUUUGCUCGCCUUUUCUCGCAAUCGUUGCCUGUUUUAUUUUUUUAUCUAGUGUUGUUAGAGUUGUGUACGACCCCAGUUUGUGGUGGAGGCCUGGGUUUGCUCGUCUUUCUUCAAUGUUGAAUCUGAAACAAUGUCGUCGGUGGUGUGUGAACCUGUGAGCUCCAGUCCCACUCAACACAGGUGCUGAAUGAAUAAAUGUCGUGACUUAAAAGAUUUGACCCACUCGAAUACAAAUGGGAGCCUUUAUAACAAGCAUACGUGUCUGAAAGCCUUUUCACCUCUACUGAGUUGUGGGUUAGAUUCCCCUCGAGUUUGAUGAAUGUACUUUGGAAAAUGUGACUCUUUUUCUAUUCAGCAGAAACAGAAUUUGUAGUAAAGACUUCCCAGAUAUCAGUUUCCUGUGUCUUCAUUUCCCUCGAGGUUCCAUAGGUCUGGAGAGACCCCCCCCAGUGAAGGCUUGCCACCAGCUCCUCCAGGAGGAGGAGUCCGCGGCCGACUCAGCAGGAGAGCUGGAACUGUUGGAGCUGUUAUCGUAGCUUUUAAACAGUCCUCUGAUGUUGAUCGAGAACAAGACAAAUGGUUCAAUUCCCGUGAAUCCAUUGGCUCUCCUCUUUUCCAGGAAGAUGGUUUGCCUUCCUCUCAGCAAUCCGUGGUGUUAUCAGCAGCACUGGAGCAGCGUGCCGAGUUUAUCAGUUCCGGCGUGUGCUCAUCUGCUCCCACCAGACCUCCCCUUGAGAAGCGGCUCAGCUAGAUAACCAGCCCACUCACCUCCGGUGCCCGCGUGGUGCAGGUUCCCUGAGAGCUGACUCUUCAUUAUGACCACCCUCAAACCGCUGCUCUUUGUGUUCACAGUGGCAGUGCCUGAGCAGAAACAUUAGCACCUCAGCUAGGCUAGCAGCAGGUGAGCUUUCGCUCGAGCUUCUUUUAGCGCCACUCUGCAGCAAACCAAGUCAGUUAGCUAUGAUAGUCCUGAACAGGUCCAG